GUACAGUUCACGUAAACUGUGAUAACGAUAUGAACAUGAUAGAUAUCGUCUAUUCAGUGUAGUGUUUUUGUAUGGAUAUGCACCCUUGAAGGUUUCUCCAAUGGCCAGCUGGAAUGUUCAAUCCAACAUGGCUGAUUCUUUCAAAUCGGAGAUGCAUUCUUCAAGAUGCUUUUUAUGUGAGAAGUAUCUGUCAGUACCUCCAAUUAUGAUCAUCAGCAGUGAUGGAGAGGAACAGAAAUGUGGACGUUGUAGAGAGAUAAAAACAGAAAUAAAUGUUAGAAAUACGUUCUAUGAGAAAAUGGCGCGUAUAACUGAAUACCCAUGUAUUUAUGAAGAUUGUGAAGAGAAACUUUGUUGGGGAGAAGUGGAAAGUCAUGAAGAAGUGUGUCUACACAGAACUAUGAAUUGUCCAAUGUUCGAGGAAUGUGAUGAAACUAUAAAAAUUUCAGAUUUAGAAAGCCAUUUCGACAGUGAACAUUCCGGUGAUUUGUACUAUGAAACAUAUGACGUUAUGGGGGAUAUUUUCUCAGAGAUGAUGACCAUCUUGUUACUAUCGCAUGGUAAACCAUAUCUCAUAAAAAGUGGUGUUACUGAAGAUAACUAUUCAUGUCAAGUGUUUGCUUUGCAUCCGGAUGGAAAUCGUAAAUAUGAACUCAAAAUAUUUUCCGAAGUUUCAGAGAACUUCAAGUUACUCUUCGAAGGUGAAACCAUUUUCUUUAAAGAAAAUGAACAUUGCUUCAAAUGUGCUGCAAGAGAAUGUCAAGAAAGAAGCCACUGGAAUUCUACUCUGUAUCAAAACAGUCCACCCAUCAGUCAUAAUGUCGCCCUCAUCGAUAUAAACGUAAUUAAAUUUGCCUUGAAAUCACCGGACUUUCACACAACAUUUAUCGUAAAAAAUGAUAAUAUUUCGAGUUCUGACGAUUCAAAAGUUUCCAAAAACUUUUUAUCGAAUAAUAAUACUGUCUUGAUCGACAGGAUUCUCCAAUGUCCUGUGUGUGAAGAAACUAUGUCAUCCCCAAUUCAUAUCUGCCCAACUGGUCACUCACUCUGCAACAAUUGCAAGUCUAGACUGGACAGUUGCCCGACUUGCAAGGAUCCCUUUGGUGAUACUAGGAAUUUUUCCUUAGAAGAUCUAGCGGAUAAUGCAGAACUUCCUUGCCAGAAUGAAAACGAAGGGUGUAAUUUUUUUGGAAACGUAGAAGUCCUUGGACGGCAUCAGGUAGACUGUGAGAGGUGAACAUUUAACGGAAAUUGUGAUGAUUGAUUUCCAUAUGCCAUCUUUCAGUGGCAUAUAAAUAUAUAUUACGAAAUUUGAGACAUUUACCAAGUUGCGAUAUUUAAAAUAUCAUCAGUUUCGAAGAUUGAGAACUGUUUUUCUCUGUAGCAACCUUCUGUUUGAUUAGCGCUAGAGUGUUUUUAUAGACUAUCAAUAACAUCAAAUUGAAGUUGAUAACAAAUCAUCUAAUAAAAUUGAGAAGAACCAA